CUCUGGACUCUGUUGAGGAGGCAGAACGCAGUCUCUGAGAGACCGUUAGCGCUGACAGCACCGAAACAGUUAAUGGUUGUUAGCGACAGUUUGCUCUGACAAACCCUUGGAGGAGUAACAAGUGUUUACUAUUCACAAGUUUCCUUUGGACUUUGCGGGAGUUUAAUUUAAAACGUGGUUUGGUUUUGAAACUUGUUCUGGAAUUCGGAGGAAGCGAAAAAAGAAGUUUAUUACUUUUUUUAAAACAGCGACUACUGAAGCUCAGUUUUGAGACGAUGGAGUAAAAAUGUGCUAAAGGCGGAACCACCAGAGGAGAUCUUCAGGAUGACAGAGCCGGAGGAGCAGAGCCAUCACCUGGGAACUUUAGGCAGCCCGUCAGGUGAGAGCUGCGGGAACGCGGCGGAGCAUCUCCCGGCCAACAGCCACGUCUUACCGCAGAACGGCGCCAGGGGGCGCCAGAGAGAGCACAACCACCGGCGGAGGGCGGGGAGCUGCGGGGAUGUCAACACCGACAAGUUCUGGCGAACCAAAGGCGGACAGACGGAGGUGUGUCCCGCUUUAACGUCCGGAAACGCAGCUCGUCCUCACCAGACCCCGCCGGGUGAGUCGUGCGGGGACCAUCCGCUGCAGGGGGCUCUCCCCCACCAGGUCCAGCAGGAGACUCCGCUCGUGGACUCCGAGAUCGGCCUGGAGGCGCGCCAGGGCAAGAAGAAGCACCGGCGCAGGACCUCCAAGAAGAAGCGCUGCUGGAAGCCGUACAACAAACUCUCCUGGGAGGAGGUCAAAGCCCUGGAGGAGCGGGAGACCGCCAGGGCCUCCCGCAUGAGGGAGGAGAUGUUCGCCAAGGGACUCCCGGUCGCGCCCUACAACACCACCCAGUUCCUGAUGGACGAGCACGACCGGGAGGAGCCCGACCUGAACACCGAGACCGGGGUCCGGCGGCCGCUGGGGGUCGGAGGCCGCGCGGAGGACACCGGCAGCGAGGAGGAGCUCUUCGAUAACGAGGAGGACGACGAGGACGACGGCAGCGGCGGAGGCAGCGACGGCAUCGGGAGGCCCGGGAACGCGGGCGGGGAGUUCCUCCAGAGGGACUUCUCGGAGACCUACGAGAUGUACCACGUGGAGAGCCUGCAGAACAUGACCAAGCAGGAGCUGGUGCAGGAGCACCUGGAGCUGGAGAAGUGCAUGUCCCGGCUGGAGGAGGAGAACAUCCGGCUGAGGCGCUCCGCCCUGGACGGUUCCCGGAUCCGGGAGCUGGAGCUGGAGCUGGAGAGACUGAGAGCCGAGAACAUCGAGCUGCUCCAGAACCAGCCCGGACCGAACCGGGACCAGGUCCCCGCCAAGUGAAGGUCGCCUCCUGGACUUGAACGUGUCGCACUGAGACGCAGCAGCUGACCUGACGUUUGUUUUCUACCUGACCUGCGCAACAGGAAGUGUACAUAUUUAAAAAUUAAAGGUAUUUAUUACAAAGUGUGAAAUCAGACAAAACAAAUCAAACUACUGUCGGUGGAGUUUCAAGGAGUUCGGUAGUUUCUCCAGAUCUAAACUGCGGGUCUGCGCUCAACGUAAACACAAUUAAAUCUGCAGUUUUAACUUAAAAACAAUCAAAAUCAGUUUUAAUACUUUUUGUCUGGUCUUCAUAACUUUGCAGUGACUACGUUUAAUAUUUUUUAAUAUAAAAUAAAGGUGUUUAACCAUAUUUUUUUUGUUUUUCCAGGUCAUUUUUGUAGGCAUAUCUGACACGAGCUGUUCCAUGUUUAAUAAUAAAAGUGUAAUUGACGCUUGUCUGCAUCGGAACCGACUUAUCGGGCCAGAACCUCAUGUUUUGUUUUUACAUUAAC